AUGCUGCCCGCCCUCUCGUCGAUUGCCCGGGGCCUCCGCCGGGCCGGCCACCCGGCGGUCACCCUGCGCGUGGCGGCGUUCUACUCUGGUGAUGCGGCGGCGACCGCCACCACCACGCCAGCCGCGGCUCCCAAGCCCAAUGUCGUGCCCGACGAGUAUUACAACCUGGAGAAGGCCACGCCCGACACACUGAAUGUCUUCUACCUGGAGUCCACCGACCCCUUCCUCAACCUUGCCACCGAGGAGUGGCUCUUCCGCUCGCUGGACGUGACAAAGACCCGAGUGCUGAUGUUCUACCAGAAUCGGCCGUGCAUUGUCGUCGGACGAAACCAGAACCUCUGGACCGAGCUCAACCCCCGGCGCCUGGCCCACCUGAAUGGCCUCCCCGGCCGGGAGCCCAUUGCUCUGGUCCGGCGCCGGUCGGGCGGCGGGUCGGUUUUCCACGAUCUUGGCAACACCAACUGGUCGCUGGUAAGCCAUCGAACCAUUUUCGACAAGGCCGAGACGGCCAACAUCAUUGCCGGCGCGCUGAACCGCCUGGAUGUGGUUGACGGCGCAUCGACCUCCGCCCGGCAGGAUGUCCUGGUCGGCGGGGACAAGGUCUCCGGCGCGGCAUAUUCAAUCAUUCGCGACCGGGCGCUGCACCAUGCAACGAUGCUCCUGUCGGCCGAUCUAAACAUGCUCCGCGGGACCCUGUCCGGCGAGGCCGAGCUCAACAUCACCAGCCGCGGGGUCAAGAGUGUCUCCUCGCCCGUGCGCAACCUGCGUGUCCCGGCCAAGGACCAGCCCGGGGAGUUGGUCGCCCUGCAGGCGAUGGACUUUUCCAAGGCCGUGGUCGAGGAGCUCCGGGCCUUCUUCGAGCCGAAGGACGUUGUCUUCACCCACAUGCCGGAGGCCACCAUGCGCAUCAUCCCGGAUGUGAUCAAAAACUAUGAGGAACUCCGGUCAUGGGACUGGUUCCACGGGCAAAACCCCAACUUCGAGCAGGCCAUCCGCGCAGAUGUCGGCGGUUGGGAGCUGUCCCUCCGGCUCAAGAGCGAGCGCGGCCUCAUCGUCGGCAUCGAAAUUGAGAGCUGCUCCGCGCCGCCUUUGCCGGUGGAGCAUCCCAUCUCCCAGGAGGCACUCCUGAUUCGUCUCCAUGGCUUCUGCGAGGCCCUCACUGGCCAGCGCUACAACGAGGCCCAUGGUGUGGCCUCCCGGCACCUGGAGCGCUUUGGGUCUGGAGCCGAUGCCAGUGGCGCUUUCAGCCUCGGUCGUGCCCUGCAGGAAGCCAUUGUCGAUCGGUACUUCGUGCCGAUCGGCCUGCCGGGCGAUGCUCCCUAG